CGUUGCAAUCGCAAGGGGUUUGCACAGCAAAAGAAGGACGAGAAAACAAAAAGAUUGUGGCUAGCACAGGGCUAAAAAAAGUUUUACGAGUUCAAGAAAAGAACUGUACAGGAACGAAUGAAGGGAAGGUCGCUGACGAGGGUGAAGAAGGAAAGCAACGUGAUGUCGUUAUGUUCUUUAUACCAAGCCCAUCUGAUAAUCCAUCAUCAUGGAAUCAUGAGAUGCGGAUCCUAGGACUAGGGUUACGUACACCACCCCUCGGAAUAAACAUCAAACAAACAGGCGCCACAAGUGGACCGUCAGGCUGGAGAAACAUCGGUCUGGAAGCCCGGCUGCUUCGGUGGCGGCCGUCAUCGCGGGAGCUAUACUCACGCAACACAUGGAUCGAUCACGCUCUAUCCAGCCUUGCGUUUCAAAAGACGCCCGUUUCCGUCGCUAAAGAGAUCGCCGUCAGGGCGGAACAAUAUAUGAGAGGAGGCGCCAUGUUUCAACGGCGGGUUAGGCUCUUGGCGCGGUGCCUCAGGAAAAUGAUAGGAAGCAGUGAUGACGAGUCCACGGGAUGUUUCCUCGUCCCACAGAAAUGGAUGGCGGAUCUCGAAGUUUGGGUUCUGGACGUUUCGAACUGGGAUGUGAUCGGAGAAACUCAUCCUUGGAGGAACAACUCUUGGGGCGGCGUUUAGGCGUGCUGAAACAACGCACAACCCGGCACAUCCCGUGCGGAAGGUCGAAUGAUUCGCUUCGGCGAUUCUCCACUGGUAAUUGUUGGUUGACUCGGGGAAAUUCAGGCGGUCGCAGUAGUUUACAACGCGCGACGGCGGUUGUACAAAGAGGCCAACAUUAUGCUUCCGGACGUCAUCCUUUGAUGAUGGCGCUGCCGUGAAAGACUUG